AGAUUAUCUAAUUCAAGUGGUAAGCUGAAUUUGCCGGGGUGUUCGUUGAAUAAAGCGAUAACUUGAAUAAAUGGAAAUUUAGGUUUUAGCAGCUAGGAUAGUUUAUUGCACUGAUACACGCACACACACACAUAUAGUCAAGUUUCUCAGUUUUCCUGCACUUAUAUCUAUCGAAGCUUUCUGUCAGCUGUCUUGGCUUGCGCAGCUGUAGGGGCAACCUCAUCGCAAAUCGCGACCGAAACGUGCAGCUAGGGAUCUAUCCGCGUGCAACGGUUCUAGGGACCGGGGAUGGUCACACAUGAACGCGAAAUUCUUACGAGCGCCUUGCCGAACGGUGUCUGGCUUGAAUGAAAGGUGGCUUUAUUUUUUCACCAGCAGUUCAUUUUAAUCAUUGUAUAAAUGAAAAGUUUCGCGGGUGAGGAAACGUAACCUCUUAUGAAGAAUUGCAAAUUCGGCAUGUAUGCGUCUCCUCACCGGCGAGAGAAAGAGAAACAGCAGCUGUCUUGAACGUUGAAAUUACUGACAGCUCCUCUCAGAGGCCACCCAGCUUUGUUUUUAUGCUGCGUUCGACGAAGUUCGCGGCCCAGGAAAGCCGCGCGUUGUUCUAAAUUUGGACGCCUCCUCUCAUGGUUAGCUUGCCUGCUAUCCGCCUGAACUGGAACAGCGAGGCACCCCGUGCGGCCAAACGAACAGAUACAAGUCAUGUGACCUUAAAAAUCGUCUGCAUUCAUCUAGGCCUAAAAUUCCUGCACAGUACGCAAGGCUCACGAUAUCAGUGUGUCACCUCACGAUAUUCUUUAUGUAAUUCCAACCGGGAACUUUGGCCUAAUCCAGUAUGGCUGCCGAGUCUGGAGGCAGCAUCUCCUACCAGAAUUCCAGCGACCUCCAGGAAUGCUCCAGCAGAGUGGAGCAGCUAACCAACUCCACUAACAUUGAAUUGGCAAGCCUGGGCACGUUGGCGCCUUCGCAGGCUGAGAGCAGCAGCUUUGAUUUGUCAACGAACCAGCAGACGUUGCCAACGAGUGAGGAGUUUGCUGAAGACGAGCGCUCGAACAAUGACAGUGCAUCGUGGCACAACGGUGACACUGAUCUGAUGACAGAGUGUGCAAGCUCCGAGUUCUCAUGCCCUCCGUUUCUGGAAGUGGACUUCUCAGACCUACAUUUUUAUGAAAGGUGUGGAGGCGGUGCUUUCGGGAGUGUAUAUCGUGCUAAGUGGAAGUCUCAAAACCUGCAAGUGGCGGUGAAGAAGCUUUUGGUCCUUGAAAAGGAGGCACAAGUUCUGAGUGUGCUAAGCCACAAGAACAUCAUAACAUUUUAUGGGGCUGCUACCAAGGCGCCGAAUUUCUGUAUUAUCACAGAGUAUGCAGAACAUGGCUCCCUGUAUGCUUUUCUGGCAAUGCAAGAGAAUGACUCCAUGCUGAGCUUUGGUCAGAUUCUUCUCUGGGGCAUUCAGAUUGCUGCUGGUAUGCAUUACCUGCAUGAAGAAGCACCCAUUAAAGUCAUUCAUAGAGACCUGAAAUCUAAGAAUGUUGUUAUAUCCUCAGACUACACGUGCAAGAUAUGUGAUUUUGGUGCUUCUCGUUUCCUGGGUGCUACAACGAGAAUGUCACUGGCCGGAACGCUGCCUUGGAUGGCCCCUGAGGUUAUCCAGUGUUUGCCAUCAUCAGAAACCUGUGAUGUCUGGUCUUUCGGUGUGGUUCUUUGGGAGCUGCUCACCCACGAAGUUCCCUUCAAGGGCAUAGAAGGAUUUCAAGUGGCUUGGGCUGUUGUCGAAAAGGAAGAGAGACUCACCAUUCCAAGCACCUGCCCUGCUGCAUUCGGAAAUUUAAUGACUGCCUGUUGGAAGACCGAUCCCAAGGAACGGCCCCCAUUUUCUACCAUACUGCAGCACUUGAAUGCUAUGAGUGAAGAUGACUCCUUGUGUAACCUUGCAUCUGCAUAUUUAAGUCAGCGUAGUGUCUGGAAGCAGGAAAUCGAAUCCACUCUGGAGUUGAUGAAGCGUGCCGAGCGUGACCUCAGUCAAAAGCAAAAGCAGUUGGAAGAAUGGGAAAGCCGUUUGCAGCAGAAGGAACAGCUUCUCGAGCGACGCAGGGGUUGCAUGGAGCUGUAUGUUCAUGAUGUGAAUACUUGGAGUGUGGAUCAUGUGUUUCUCUGGGUUCAACAAUUGGGAUGUGAUGAUGCCACCAAGGACUUGGAGCAGUAUGCCGAGCUGUUCCGCAGCCAGCAGAUUUCGGGCAAACGGCUGCUCCUUCUCACCGUGGAACACUUGAAGGACAUGGGCAUUGCCCCCUUGGGACACAGACUGGCACUUAUGGAUGAGAUUGAGAAGCUUGCCAUGGAAAACAGACGCAAGUUUGAAAUGUCACAGCGUGAGUCCAUGAGCCAUGGCCACACCUCCUCCACCUUUGGGUCAUCUGCACUGGGAUCAGCAAGCUUUGCUUCAAUGACAACGUCCUUUGGUUCCCUGGGCUCCAGAGUGCCAUCGGUGCCAAUGUCUGUCUCGGAGCCAAUGCUCCUGCGACUCACACUGCUGUUUGGCAGCCACGUUCGGCUGGGUGCGAGUCCCCGUGAACACAAGUGGAAAGCAUUCGUGGAGUUGGACACGGGCGAGACGCAUUUGGCCAGUGACGCAGCUGCCCGCUGCAUCAGCAAUGUCACCUUCGAGUGUGCCCAAUCUGGCCUUUUCCUCACACGCAUAGCCCAGCCACCAUUUGUGAUGGACCGAUGGUGCAUUGGCAUUACUCCGGAAACAGUUGUGACGUGCGUCGUAAAUUACGAGCUCUGCGUACUGGAACCUCGGUCAACGCUGCUAAGCCACCGGGUGCGCCCAGAAGGAGGUGCACCCGAACAGAUUGAGGUGGUCCUGAGGCUAUCUGCACUGUCCCCCCGCCGUGAGGAUGCCUCGCGGUCCUCCUCCCGGCGAGAAGCCCACUCGGCUCCGUCCAGAGCCCGCCGUCUCUCAGAGGACCUCCUGCCCGAGGCUUGGCGUCAGCGCGGCAGUCUCUUUGGCAGCUUCUCUCCAACUCGACGGCCCACGCAUCGUCGAUCACGCUCUGGUGGCGAUGGCUGCUGGGGUGCAUCCAUGCUGUCGGCGGCACGUAGCGGCUCUCCACUAUCAUCGUUUGCGCCCCGACGGCUGCUGUCAUCGCCUGCCGGUGGAGACUUGUCGAGCGAAGAGGAGGAAUGCCUGGCCCACCUUGCCUCAGAGCUCGGAGGCAGCGGCACUGCUUCAUCCGGGAGAAGCCGCCUCAAGGAGCACCGGCGCCAUCGGCUGGCAUUCUCUCUCCACUCCAGCUCUGAGGACUCCCUCAGUGACCAGGGCGCAUCUAGUCUCCACUCACACUCUCUCGCAGGAAAUGCCACUGCCGGACUGGCCGAGAGCUGUUCACGGCAUGAAGAGGAGCGACAUCGGCGAAACAGCACGCCAACUCGACGUCGGGAUCCCAAGAAGUACCGGCACUCGAUGAGUGACAGUGGCUUUGCCUCUUCCGAUGCAUCCAGGCAAGUGCUACGUGUCGAAAAGUGCCACGUCAAGCUCAAGAGUGGCGGUGACCUGCCGGCUGACCGCACUGAACUCGACAUCGGCUUGGGCCCCAGCCUGAGCUCUGGCCUGAGCUCGGGCCUGAACAGACUCAGUUUUAGCCUGGAGACCGAUGGCUUCCGGCUUGGCGGCCGAGAGCGAAGGCUGGGGGGACUGCUUGACCGUGUGGCUGGCAAUAUCGGCUGGCGUCGCAUGGGGUAUGAUGGUUCUAUGUGAACUGACGUUGCAGUAGUGCUGUGGUAUAGAAUGCACUUUGUCUUUUGGCUGAUGAAAAAAAAAAGUACCUCCGCUAAGUAUUUGCGCAGAUAAACGCUAGUCUUUCACAUGCUGAACUGUUUGUAAUGUGGCUAUAUUGUAGUGCCACACUCAGUUUUUUAAAUCUUUUUUUGAGGCCUAUUGCCAGCAAGAGUUCGCACAAUAGAGAAAUGCAUUCUCUGUUUGCCCGCUUGAAGUUUAAACUGUGUUUUUGGCAGCACAGGUCCAACACUUCACUCUAUUGAAGACAUUAAGGAAAUCUAGAAAUAGAGCACCCACAUUUGAGGACGCAUUGCAGCUUGCUAUUGC